CCCACAAUGCACUUUGUAUCAACACCGGUGUGGUGGUGCCUGCGAGGAGGAGCCGGACGCCUGAGGACUGGCGCGCAGCCCGCGGGGUAUCAGGCGGGGCUUGGGCGGUGAGGGGCGACCGGCAGCCAUGGCGGAGUCAGCGCCUGCUCGGCACAGGAGGAAGCGCCGCUCCACACCUUUGUCUGCUUCCGCACUGCCUGCACAAGCGACAGACAAAAGCUCCUAUUUGCAGACUACGGAGAUCUCCCUCUGGACCGUGGUGGCUGCCAUUCAGGCUGUGGAGAAGAAGAUGGAGUCCCAGGCCGCCCAGCUCCAGAAUCUGGAGGGGCGGACGGGGACCGCGGAGAAGAAGCUGGCCGACUGCGAGAAGACGGCCGUGGAGUUCGGGAACCAGCUGGAGGGCAAGUGGGCCGUGCUGGGCACCCUGCUGCAGGAGUACGGGCUGCUGCAGAGGCGGCUGGAGAACAUGGAGAACCUGCUGAGGAACAGGAACUUCUGGGUCCUGCGGCUGCCCCCGGGCAGCAAGGGGGAGGCCCCCAAGGUGACCAGGUCACUUGAGAAUGAUGGAGUCUGUUUCUCAGAGCAGGAGUGGGAGAAUCUGGAGGACUGGCAGAAGGAGCUGUACAGAAAUGUGAUGAAGAGCAACUAUGAGACUCUGGUCUCUCUGAAGGUCCUUGGCCAGCCAGAAGAAGAAGCAGAGUUGGGUACAGACAUGCUGGGUGACUUGGAGGACGAAGGCCCUGGUGGUAUCCACCCAGCAGAAGGGGUUAUGAUCAAGCAGGAAAUACAGUUCACACAGGGAGGCUCUGUGGAUCUUCCCGGAGGGUUCUCGGCCAUUGCUGAGGAGCAGACUUUCCUGAGCCCAGAGCCGACUGCACUCUGGGAUGGGCAGGGCAGUUCUGCCCUCUUGGAAUCGGGUCCCAGAGACACUAAUCUGGAGGAGGCCAUCGAGGCCAGUAGAGACGCCAGCAGCAGCAGGACUCUGGGCAGCCCCCUGGAGCAGAAGCCUAGUAGGCAGAUGCCGCUGGCUCAGGGACAUGGGCAGCUGCAGAGGGACGCUUCCAGUCCCUGUGAAUGUUCAGAGUGUGAGAUCAACUUCCGCUGUAAGCAGCAGCUGGCCACACAUCUCCGGAUGCACUCGGGGUGGGGGUCUUACAGAGCCGCGGAGCCCGAGGUGAGCCUUAGACCCAGGCCACGGCUGAAGCCCCAGUCCAGGAAGGCAAAGCUGCAUCAGUGUAACGUGUGCCUGAGGAGCUUCAGUUGCAGAGUGAGCCUGGUGACCCACCAGCGCUGCCACUUGCAAGAGGGACCCAGUGCUGGUCACCGUGUCCAGGAGAGGUUCUCGCCGAACAGCCUGGUGGCGCUGCCCGGCCACAUCCCUUGGAGGAAGAGCCGGAGUUCCCUCAUCUGUGGUUACUGUGGCAAGAGCUUCAGCCACCCGUCUGACCUGGUGCGGCACCAGCGCAUCCACACGGGCGAGCGGCCCUACAGCUGCAGCGAGUGCGAGAAGAGCUUCGUCCAGAAGCAGCACCUCCUACAGCACCAGAAGAUCCACCAGCGCGAGCGGGGCGGGCCGGCCCCAGAGCCUGCAGGGCCCAGUGGUCUGCUUUAAGGGUGCCAGCCCCUCGCCCGGCUGGGGGGCGGAGGGGGCUGGCAUUGGUCCCCCCAGAGAGACACUGUGCGGAGUCAGGGACUGACUGCUUCCCGAGGGGAGUCGCUUUGACUUGCCUUGCCCGGGCCGGGCCUCUGCCUGCCGUCUUCACCCUGCUGCUGAGUUGGAGUCUCUUUGGCUCCUUCAGGUCUUGGUUUUCCCUUAUGUGCUGAUAGUCGUUGGCUGGGUUGACUGUCUCCCAGGGCCUGGUGACUGGUGACUGGUUCCAGGGCCUGUCCCAGCACUGCAGGUGUUCCGUGGGGUUGAGUCGGGCCAGAGGCAUGAGCAGAGCUCUGGCCCUCCAUUCCCUCUCCUUUUUUUAGUCUCUGUUAAUAACAAGUGGAAAAAGUAAUUUAAGUGGAUUGCUUACCCUGCUCUGAAGAACCUUUUUUUGGAAUUAGAUUUUAGUUGAUUUAAAAAAUAUAUAUAGUUUGACACUUGUUUUUAAGCUUUCCAGUGUUGUAGAAGUUGUUCCAAAUGUGGGGACAGGGCCUGCCCUCCAGGAGGGAAUUGUUCAUGGGGCUCUUUCUGCCCACCCACCCUUGGCUAGGCCCGAGAUCAGAGCAGAGCACUGGGCUCCCUCUUGGGGGGUCUUUGGCAUUCUUAAGUGGGGAUAACUGAAUGAACGUGGUGUGGGCCCCCCAAAGCCCCUGCCGAGGAUGAAGGGGUCUGUAGAGUUGCUGAGAGUCCAGUGCCGCUUGGGGAGUUGAGGCCCCUCACGGUGGUGUCCUCCCCUCCCAGCUCAGUCCUGGCUGGCUUCUGCUGCCUCCCGUGUAGAAAGCUACUUUGUUACUUAAGGUCGUUCCUCUUGUACCAGUGGUUGUUUGAGUUUGUUUCUAUGGUACCACUUGUUUCUUGAGAUUGUUUGGAUUACACACUUUUCAAUUUAGUUCUGGGUUGACUGUUUCAGAGGUAAUGGAGAAAAAGCACAAAGAUGCUUGCCUCUCAGGGGUGUCGAAUACCUGCCUCACUGUUUGGGGAGAUGGGAAUGGGCUUCUGGGUCCUAUGUAAGUGACCACUUUGAUGAUUUGCAGUUGCCUAGAAUAAAACUUGUUGCUACUAGCAAAAAAAACAAAAA